AGUGAAACAAUCUUGCAGAACGAGUUAUUAUUCUAUUCACGUUAGACCGGAAGUGCGCUGUAGUCCAUUUGAUCAUCAUUUCAAAAUGGCGGCCGCAGUGAAGGGUUUGGUGUCCAUUUGUAUCAUCGUAUUAAUUCUAGCUAGCUCUUGGUUAAUCGCUAUUUUGAUUGAUUAUUACGCUGGGAAAGGAAAAGAAUUAUCUCUCCAUAAGAACUCAGACUCGGGGCCUUAUCCUGGAAGCAAAAUGGAAAAUAUAUUUUGGUUUAUUCAGAUAUCUGAUUUGCAUAUAAGUAAAUUUUAUCAACCAAGCCGYGCAAAGGAUUUGAAAUACUUUUGUAAAGAUGUUAUUGAUUCUAUAAGACCAGCUGUUGUUUUAGCAACAGGAGAUCUGACAGAUGCUAAACACUCAAAUCAUCUAGGAUCAGAACAGUUUGAAGAGGAAUGGGAAACCUAUGCCUCUGUGUUGAGAGAGACUGGUGUUGAGUUCAAGACAAAGUGGCUGGAUCUCAGAGGCAAUCAUGAUGCUUUUGAUGUCAAUUCAGUGCACAGUAAAAGAAACUACUACAGAUAUUAUUCAUCUAGUGGGAAGGACAUUACAAGAGGUGCUACUUCUUAUCAGUAUGUCCAUCAGACCAGCUAUGGCAAAUAUUUAUUUAAUGCAAUAGAUAGCUGCCCUGAUCCAGGACCAAAAAGGCCAUUUAACUUCUUUGGAUACAUAUCAAAGUCUCGUAUUAAUGAAAUGAACCAACUUGCUGAGAAGAGCAAAACAGUAAAUAUGACAUUCUGGUUUGGUCACUAUCCUUUCUCUGUUUUAACUUCAAGCUCCUUGCGACAGAUUCUUAGGCAUGGUACAGUCUAUCUCUGCGGACAUCUACACACGCUUGGAGAAGUUGUUCCUGUAAUGCAUGCUGUACAUAGAAAYGGACAUCUUGAGCUGGAACUUGGUGACUGGAAGUGGUAUCGAAACUUUAGAGUUGCAGCAGUUGACCAUGAUAUAUUCUCUUUUGUUGAUGUACGACUGGAUAAGUGGCCAAUCAUUCUUAUUACCAACCCUAAAGAUUCUCAUUACUUGAUGCCAGCAUUUGAACCUAUUGGAAGAAUAAAUAAAUCAACUCACAUUAGGAUGUUAAUAUUUUCAACCUCACCCAUUGAGUUAGUCACUGUAUCCAUUGAUGGAGUUCCCUUGGAAUCUUCUGUACAACAUGUGAAGGGACCUCUACAUGUCUGCAAGUGGGAUCCUCAAAAGUACUUCAAUGGUGUUCACACUCUGACUGUGAAAGCUAAGGAUGCUGAAGGAAAACAGARUACUCAAAGCCAGCARUUUUCGAUCGAUGGCACUCGACCUCUUCUUGAUYUUCUUCCAGCAAUUAUUUUACUCACAGAUUUUUGUACACUGGGUCGAGUUUCAUUCUAUUUAUCAGCCAUCAUCAUCGUAUUAGGUCUUUGGGCGAUACGCCAGUGUUCAAGUAAUGAAUCUGAUUCCUCAGGAUAUCUACGAGGAUUGAUUAAUAGAUGGUUUUACAAUCUCAGCAAGCUCACCAAGAACAAUCACUUGUAUUAUCCUCUCUUUGUUUAUGGCGUCUACGUAGUUGUAGGUCCUUGGUAURUUGGGGAGCUCAUCACUGAUCACGUGGGAUGCGUGUUUGUCUUUGGGUUAUACGUCAAUGGACAAUUUAUUCCAGGCAGCUUGACGUUCUAUUAUGGUAUUGUACAGUUUCUGACCUUUAACCUUCCCCUUACCGUAUGUCUGACGAACUACAUUGGUCUUAGGAGAAACCCACCUCGGUCAAGGCCCAGCUCUGGUCGAUCGUCACCUUCCAUCCCUCCCUCCUCCUUUUGUACUGCCAGUUGCAUUCGAUAUUUUACCCACGUGGUAUUCAUUGGCAUAAUAAUCUUCCAAUCAUCAUCUUGUUAUGGUAUAUGGAAGGCUUAUGGGAGCAUGGCUUUUGCUAUUAAUCCUGUUAAGACUUGGUCUAUACCUUUGGCGGGAUACCUGUGGUUCAGGGCUAAUUAUUAUUAAGAUUUAUUGUAUUUAUCAAACAAAAUGUUUUCUGAUAGGGGUGGGGCAAGGAAAGUGCUACGGAAAUAACUCAGCGUUGCGUUUCAUAACCUAGAAAAUUCUAGAGAACAUUUCAUUAGUUCUGGAAUUAUGAAAACAUUGAAGAGGUUGUCAAACUAGAGUCGUAAAAGACGUACGCUUUGGGUAAAUGAAGAAAUAAAAACUCCGGAAGUGCAUCUUCCAAAACAUGGUACACAGGGAUUAAAGCUGAGAUCCUAAAAGUUUAUUGAAUUUCUCCGUAACGUACAAAAUCCACUUGAGUGUAAUGUUUUCCCUUUUCAGACCACAUGUCAUUCUCUCGAGAAUAAGAUUUUUUGUUUGAUUCAUAUCCAUAUUUAUCUGUUUUCUGAUGUUCAACCGGUAAACAAAGAAAUAACACUCUAGGGAAUUAUACGAGGUCUGAAGUGUCCAUGGAAAAACAAUGGGUUUGUUAUUUGCACAGUAAACCAAAAUUGUACAUACACAUCACGUUUAAUGGAAUUUAACUAAUAUUUAUUUGUUAAUAAUAAAAUAAGAUAGAUGUA